AUGAGACUCAACAUUUCAAAGGCAACAAAAGACUCAUCUCUGAGAGAAGAGCAUGUUUUGGUUCAGGAGAAGAACGCAGAAGAAAUCAUGAAUGAGAACAGCACUAUUGUAGUUGGAUUUAUUCUCCAAGGAAUCUAUCAACAAUCUGAUUUACAAGCCUUGCUUUUCACAGCCUUCCUGAUCAUCUAUAUUUUUAUCUUGACGGGAAACACACUGGUUUUUGCUGCCACAGUCUUUAAUCGUGCUCUGCACACACCCAUGUAUUUCUUCCUUAGACAUUUGUCUUUUCUGGAUAUCUGCUUUGCAUCUGUAACUCUCCCCCACAUGCUUAUGAACCUCCUGUCAGAGAAGAAGACUAUUUCCUUCUUAGGCUGUGCCAUGCAGAUGUUCUUUUUCAUCUUUUUGGGGGCUUCUGUGUGUUACCUCCUUGCUGUAAUGGCAUAUGACCGUUAUCUGGCCAUCUGUCAUCCUUUACAUUACAUCAGACUCAUGACUAAGAGGGCCUGCUUCCUGUUAGUUGCUGGCUGCUGGCUAACCGGGUUGUCCAUAUCCCUAGUGCAGACACUGUUGCUAUUUUCCCUCCCCUUCUGUGGGUCUGACAUCAUCAACCACUUCUUCUGUGACAUCCUCCCACUCAUGAAGCUACACUGCCCCAGCUUCCACAUAAUAGAUGUGGAGAGGAUUCUAACAGCGUUUCUGGUGCUUGCCACCACAUUCAUACUCAUCCUGGUUUCCUACAUUCUGAUCAUUGCAACCAUCUUGAAGAUUCCCCUGAUGGGUGGAAGGCAAAAGGCUCUGGGCACCUGUUCCUCACAUAUCCUCUCUGUGCUUGUCUUUUAUGGAGCAGUUAUGUUCAUGUACUUGAGGCCCCAUUCUCAUUAUUCAGAUUCUAUGGAUAAGCUUCUUUCCCUGACCUACACUGUAGCUCCUGCAGUGCUCAACCCUAUUAUCUACAGUCUGAAGAACAAGCAGGUGAAAGAUACCUUAAGGAAUAUGUUCAUCGAAAGAAACUGUUCUGUAGGCACAUGA